CUUAACAACUGGAAAUAUUAUGUCCCUUUUUAAAUCAUUAGUUCAUUACUUAUCACUUUCUGUGUUGCCUUGCCGGGAGAAACAGUUGAGUAAAUGGCAGCUCCAGCUAAAUGUUUUCUCGUCACCGGCUCCCCAGGCGUGGGUAAAACCACUCUGAUCGCUAGGGUUUUGGAGAAUCUCAGAACUUCCAAUCCCAAUUUGAAAAUUCAAGGGUUUUUCACUCGUGAGAUCAGAGAAGAAGGCGAGAGGGUAGGUUUUGAGGUGGUUACGUUAGAUGGUCGCACUGCUCCACUUGCUUCUAUUAACAAUUCCAGUGUAGAGUCCAUUAGAUGGCCUACUGUGGGGAGAUACAGAGUCGAUGUAGCAUCAUUCGAAUCAUUAGCUUUGCCUGAGUUACAGGUCAAAGAAGAUACAGAUCUGUUUGUGAUUGAUGAAGUUGGAAAGAUGGAGCUCUUCAGUUCGUUGUUCUUCCCUGCAGUGUUGCGUGUUCUUGAGUCUAACAAACCGUUUCUAGCUACAAUCCCUGUUCCAAAAUAUGGUCGAGAUAUUCCUGCAGUUGCGAGGUUGAAGAAUCAUCCAGGAGCGAAGGUGUUUACUCUAACAACAAGCAAUAGGGAUGAUAUGAAGAAUCAGAUAUAUUCUCAAUUAACUCACAACCUUGUUUAACUUUUCAAAAAAUAAUGUCAUCUCUCUCUUACUCUGUACACAUUCACCAAACCAACUUCUGUUUCUAAAGAAUCAAACACAAACCUUUCAAAAGAAAAACACACAAACAUGUAUAUGAUGAUGAUAUCAUGAGGUUCUUCGAUCAUUAUUUUCAGCAGUUCGCAGCAUCUCUUUUGCCAUUGAAGAAAAUGUCUGUGCGUUGUCUUGCAUUUCUGCUGUUUUCAAAUUGAUUCCCUGGACAAAUCAUAUGAUUAGUGUCUCUGCCUUUGACUUUUUUUGACUUUUAACAGUCUUGAAUGUUACCUAAAAGUUAAAUAGUUACCUUGAGUUUUCUUAUGUUGUCGCUCAGUUUGUUUUGUGCCAUUUUAGCAGCACUUGUUUCCUGCCACGUCAGCAAAAAACAGAUCAAUAAUAUUUCUAUAAAAUGCAAUUUUAGCAGGAGUUUAUAAAUUAAGAUUACACUGGUCAAGCUGAAUCCAUAUUUUUUCUUGAUUUGAUCUACAGAACCGGUUUUCUGAUCAUCUCGUGGUUGUUCUUCCUUCACUUGCACUUUCUCCUUUUUCACAUUCAUCUCUUUUAGUUUACCUUCGUAUAUUAAAAAAAAAAUGUAAAAAAUUCAUCUCCAAAAUCUUAUUUUCAAGAUAUAUUAAGUUGAAGACUUGAAGUAACUAACCUUUGAAUGCAUUAAAUUUACUAGUGAGCUUUUGUUUGUUAAGCGCUCCCAUCAUGGUGUUUCCUUUUGGUUUCUCUUCUGGCCCAUCAAUGUCAAUAUCAUCUACAACAAAAGAUUUAAAAAUAUUGUUUAUAUUUAUUCAAAAACAAAAUGUUAAUGAAUGUACAUUGUACAAAGGUCAAACCUUACCUAUAUCCAGGUCAACCUCAUCUUCAUCUGUGUGGAUGUUUUCUUGGCUUUCACUCUCCAAUGCAAAGUUAGCAAUGGAAAAUAAUGUUGACAGUUCUUCAAAGCUUUCUCUAGAAGCUUCCGGUUCUGUUUCCCGCUCAUGUUGUGGUUUGCUUACUUUCUUCAUAGAACCAAAGAUUCCCUGUUUGCAUUAGGGUAAAAUGGUAAGGAAUUCGGUUUUGAAGUUGAAAGUGCAAGGCCUCUUAUGGAUGUUGCCUUCAAAAGGGUUAAUUCAGGCAAGGAUCUGAAAAAGAUAUGAGGAGGCUUGUUUCCAUAUCAUAACACAACGCAGUCAGUGGAACACCACUUAAAGUCUGAUCAUCUUCACUUUGUUGAUUAAAUGAUACAAUUGGAAUCAAAAGUGGAGAUGAUGCAUCCCAGAAGUUUAUACCACCAUUGCUAUGUCCUGUUAUGUAUAUGUUUUUGAAAUUUGAAAAACUCGUAAAACCAGAUGUAGAAGAUGAAGAUGAAGAUGAAGAUCCGUCUUUUUGCUUAGACUCAAAUGAGAAAAGUGAAGGAAUCUUUUUCGACAUCAACAUGUAGUCCUCAUUGGAAGAUAACAUUAACAUGCAUGGAUUGUCAGUGAUGAACUUUGCUACAGUGAUGAUUGUGUCGACAUAUGGUAGUUUCACUUUAAUCUCUUUUGGAAGUGAUGAUGGUGGAGACCUAGUUUGGGAUUGAAUUAGGUAUUUUUCAAUUGAAGAAUCAUCGUAUGUGUAAACAUGGCCUGAUUUUCCAAUAACGAGAAAGCAAUCUUCUUUAUGUUUGGUUUGUUCAUUGUAAGAGACUAAAAUCUCCAUGUCGACACAUGGCUCAGGUGUUCCAAUUCCUAGUUUAGUUGUGCGAGAUUCAAUC